AUGGCGUCGCUCUUCAGCGCUCAACUCCAUCCAGGACGCGCACUGGGAUUCCUUGUUCUCGGCGCAUCUCUCCACGACAUCCUGACCCGACUCAAGGCCGAGCCCCAACGAUUCCCGAAGCUCGACCUAGUAUACUCGCCAACUGAUCCGGUCAAAGAGCCUGUCGUAGUCACGCUUCCAGCGAACGGAGUACGUUUACGUUUCGAUGGCCCUGAACAGCGCCUUCGCCUGGUCGAAGUCGUCGACUUCACAAAGAACCACAUCACCUUCAAGGACCAGAGCACAGAUCGCGACUUGGUGAAACCACCACCCGACCCUGCAACUCAUUCUCACUCGGGAGAACCUGCCACCGAGCCUACCUUCAAACACAUAUACCAGAGAUUCCUGGGUCCCACUUACGAUGGCGAGUUCAUCCCAGGUUCCGAUGGGCAAGGGAUUUACAUGCUAUCGUACCCAGGCGUAGCUUUCACGUUUCCUCUGGCACAGUCGGCCUAUUCGCCCGACAAGGAUGUCGUGACGCUACUGUCUUCUUCCACGCAAGUCGCCACGUCGAUGGCAGUCUUCAGCGGGGACUCCUGGGCCCAGUCUCGGGAGACACUGUGGACCGAGGUCCUCCCCAGUGUCAAGUCGUUCGCACCACUUGCAAAGGGCAAGGAUGUCUGUCCAGAUGAGAUAUCACUCGUUAAGAUCCAUGGAGGAGGGAAGAUACAGUUGUUCAAGAAGUGGACCAGCAGCUCUACUUGGAUAUUCCUGGGCGACACGACUCCGCAGGAGCUUGUUGCGGAACUGGGACCACCUGAUGCCAUCUACCGCAAGAACGAUCAGCGCAUGUACAUCCACAAGAUUCGCACGGCCAGCAACAGCCGGACGCGGCCAGAUGGUGAUGGUCUGCGGCGACCAGGUGAUCUGACGGACACGGACCAGUCCUCCGCGAAUACAAUGUCUGAAGACUCCAACGAUGACGAGGCAAUCGAGGAGGACUUUGCUGGCAAUGUGUCUGGCGAGUGUUUCUACAAUUACUUCUAUCUGGGUUUCGAUGUUCUUGUGUCUACACCGACGUCUCCCUCUCAGCCGCCACCAUCCCAGGACAAGUCUGGACUUCCAGAAAAGACCAUCAAGUCGGAAUCACCAGAUCGCCUGGUGGCAACCAAGCUGAUACUGCACGCCAAUGUGCCAGGCUCGUACCCAUUCAACCGGCACCGACGCUGUAGAUGGGAGAUUUCAUAUCUGGAUCAAGCCUCGCCGGAAGCACCAGUCGGCACCGAGACGCCCUUCGCCGAUAUCUCGAAACACCUGCGACAAGAAUGGCAGUCCAUCUACUCCUCGGAGGCCGAAGCCCUCCAGAAGCAGAGAGGCAUGGUACUCAACCGGGGCUGGGGCGACAGUCCUGGGAGUAGCUGCGAGCUUCUUGGGGGCUGGGAAGACAGCGGCGAUAGUACGAAUGUAGGCGUCGGUGCCAGGCGUGCUGAUGGUAGCGAGGACUCUACGACUACGUUGUACGGCUUCCCCGGUCUCGUGUUUGAGGUACUCAAGAAUGGGUACGUCAGUGCCUUGACAGUCUUUUGA